AUGUCCCUCUACCAGGAUGACAUGUGUCUCCUCUCGGGACCGCCCAGCAACAGCAAAGAGCCGGUUCCGAGCUCGGCGCAUCGGGAGAUGAGCAUCCCCCGAAGCGUCUACCCGCUGACCAAGAGUCAAGAAGGCAUGUGGAUCGAGUUCCAGAUGAGCCCGGCCGGCACACAGUACAACCUCACCUUGGAGUGGGAUCUGCUGAGUAGAGGAUCCAACGUGGCGCCGCCCAGCAUCACCGACAUCCUUCAAGUGAUCCACAAGCUUACGGCGCGCCAUGCUGUGCUGCGCUCCAAAAUUGCCGUGGUGGAUGGCAAGCCUCACCUCGAAGAGUAUGCCGCUGAGGACGUCGACCCCGAAGUCCGCAUCGUGUACCGCGAGACAUCCCCGAUUGCCGAGCACGCCAUGACGCGCAUCCUGCGGACCCCUUUUGCACUGCAGCAUCAACUACCCGCUCGGUGGGUGAUAUUGCAGGAUCCAAGGGCUUUCAGGGUCUACAUUGUCGGCCACCACAUUGUCGUCGACGGCCAGUCCAUGACCAACCUGUCUCGAGAGUUUCUCGAGCUGCUUGAGGAUCCCGAUGCUGUCCUGCCGCCGGCGGUGCAGUUCAACGCCAUGCACAUGGCAGAGCGAGCUUGGGCGAGAUCGCAAGCAUAUCUCGAUAACCAAAAGGUUCUCAUGGACCAGGUGCGAGACCAAAGCAACACCCCCUGGUCGAAAGAAGUAUCGAAGCCCAGCACGACCAACGCAAGCUAUCGCAAGAUUGACAGCUGGUGCACGUUUCCCAAGUCCGAACUCGAUGUCUGGAGCCAAAUGUUCAAGACCUCUUGGUUCCGCGUGGCCACCGCCCUGGUCGGCUUGCUCGUGGUCGACAAGAAGAGGCCCCAGUUUCGCAAAGACGAGAUGCUGGCGGUGGGCUUUGGCAGCCGGCCGAGGGAAAUGGGGGCAUGCGUCGGCCAGUUCGCCAACGCUCUGCCUGUGCGCGUACCCUUGUGGAAGGCCCUCGACGAGUCGGAUGGGUCGUUCAGGGCUCUCGUGGCAGCCGUGGGGAAGAACGUCAGCGCCGUCAAGAAGGCCGAGCUCUUCCCGGCCGUCGAAGUCGCCCGGUCGUGCCGUGGUCUCAACAUUGACUACGAGCCCCCCCGAGUGGCCGUCACUUACUCUCCCAAGCUGGCCAGAUCAGAGUGCCGCUUGUUCCCCGUCGAGGGCUCCUGGGACCUCUUCUUUUGCUUCCUAGAGUAUGACACGGACGUGAAGCUUGGGGUCAUCUACAACCCCCAAGUCUUCUCCGGCGCUGCGUUAAACGGCAUGAAAACGCAGUUUGACAGGAUGGUGUCUCUCAGCAAAGUUGACGGGGCCCAGUUGGCGGAGAUGCUCGACUGGCUCCCGAAACACCCCUGCCUGCCAGUCGCACCAGCCGACCCGCAGCCCAACCCUCUCUGCCAUGUCCAUCAUUGGUUUGACGCGCAUGCUGAGAGCAACCCGAGCAGCCCGGCUCUGCACUCGGCAGAGAUGGGCAAGUCGAUGACCUAUGGCGAGCUAUACAAGUCUUCGGAAGACAAGGCUAGGUUCCUAAGAAUGCGCAAUGUGUGUCGUGGAGAUAGAGUGCUCAUCCAUCUUGGACGCGGCUUCGCAAUCAUCGAAUGGAUCCUUGCCAUCCUCAAGUGCGGCGCCGCCUUCGUGUACCUCGAUAUCGACUUCACGGAGCGUCAGCGGGCCUCGAUCCUGGAGAACAGCAAAUCCAUCCUGGUCGUAGAUGAAGCCCUAGUGCAGGAGUUGGCCCAAACUCACAACGCCAGCACGGCCAGCUCUCUUGACGAGGUCAAAUACGCCACCGCAGACGACGACCUCGCCUACAUGAUUUACACAUCGGGCUCUACCGGUGAGCCAAAGGGCGUCAUGGUCGAGCACGGCAACCUGGCCGCCCUUGUGCAAGCCUCCACGAACAUGUUCCAGGUCGGAUUCGGGACACGCGUUCUGCAGCUGGCGUCCUUUACCUUUGACGCAUCCAUUUUAGAAUGGAGCAGCGCACUCUGCACCGGGGCUUGUCUUUGCUUCGCCCAGUAUCCCAAGCAGCUUGUCGGCGAGUAUCUUGCCGAAGUCAUCGAGAAAAACGGCGUCACCUUUAUGCAAAUCACACCUACGGCCCUCGAGACAUUGCCCCUGGAAGCAGAGGUCCCCAGUCUGCAACAAAUCUCCAUAGGGGGUGAGGCGCCGUCGCACGAGAUAUUCGCGAGGUGGCAUCCCCGUGUCAACCUUGUUAAUGCUUAUGGUCCGACAGAGGCCGCAAUUGCCGUGGCGUUCAACAAGAUUGACAAGACAGAUGAUCUCCCGGACGUCGUUUCCGCCGGCCCCCCGAACUCAAAGACGACAGCCCAUGUGUGCGCCGAGGGCUUUGGAGCGGUCCUCGGAACAGGUGUCGAGGGCGAGAUUUGUCUCUCCGGGCCACAAAUCUCACGAGGCUACUGCGAGAAGCCAGAUCUCACAGCAAAGAGCUUCGCCGUCCACCACGAAACCGGCGAGCGAAUGUACAGAACUGGUGACAAGGGGCUCUUGCUCGAGGACGGGUCGCUUCUCAUCAUGGGCAGAAUCGACAGGGAGCUCAAGGUGCGCGGAUUCCGCAUCGCCCCUGAAGAGAUUGAAAACGCCAUCCUGAGCGCUGGCGCCGGCGUUCAGGAGACCUCGGUCCAGCCGUCGGAAAACGGCCUCGAGAUGCUGGCUUUUGUUGCUCCAAGCACAGUAUCGCCCAAGAUUCUGACGGAUGCUCUGAAGGGCAUACUCCCGAGCUACAAGGUCCCGUCCAAGGUCCACCCUGUUGACACCCUGCCAAAGAACACCAACGGCAAGAUUGACCACAAGGCUGUCCGAUCCAGGCGCAGUGAGCUCACACGCUGCAGUGCCCCGGAGGGCGUCGAGUUCUUGGACAGCUCGGAUGCAGAGACGGAGCUUUCCGGUGACGACCAGUCAGCCGACAACGAGACCGCGGUCGCGCGCAUAUGGCAGGGUAUCUUGCAGAUGUCGUCGUCUCCGCCGGUCGACGUCAACUUCUUCGACAUUGGAGGUCACAGUCUCCUCGUCCCGAAGCUGCACGAGAAGCUCAAGGCUACAUUCCCCUCAAAGGCAGUUCGGCUUGUGGAUCUGUUCCACAAGUCCACCAUCAAGAGUCAGGCGGUGCUCUUGAGCGAUGGAAAGAAGAGGCCCAUGCCUGUCCGCCGCAGGGGACCCAAGCCGGCAGUUACCAAAACCCCCGCGUCUUUGAGCUCUUCAGUCUCCACCAUCGACGAAACUCCAAUCUUCACUAGGACGGCCGCGACCUCGGUCUCGGAUGUUCCCAAUAUGCCCGAGAUAGCCGUCGUCGGCCUCGCCGGACGCUUCCCCGGUGCCAAGAACGUGGAUGAAUUUUACAGCAUGCUGAUGAACGGACAAUCUGGAAUCCGUGAUUCUCAAACAUGUGCCGAGCGCGAAACUCUCCCUGGGAAUGUCUGGGUCCCUCGAGCGGGCGCGCUCGACGACAUUGAGGACUUUGACCACGAGUUCUGGAACCUUGGUGAGGAGGAGGCGACGGAGAUGGAUCCGCAACAGCGUCUCUUCCUGGAGGUGGCGUUUGAAGCUCUCGCAGACGCCGGCAUCGAUGGUCGCAGCAUGGCCGGCGAGCGACUGGGCGUCUUUGUGGGAUCUGCGAACCAUGCGUAUCAUCUGCAUACGGAGUCAGUCGUCACCGACACCUUUAUGCGCGAGAACCGGGCCUUUGUCGCGCCAUCCAUCUCCACUCGAACCGCAUAUCAUCUUAACGCCCGCGGCCCCAACGUCACGAUUCAAACAAACUGCGCCAGCAGCACCGUGGCCCUCUCCCAAGCCUUCGACGCCAUUCGACUUGGCCGAUGUGACAUGGCCCUGGUCGGCGGCGUGUCUGUCCAGCUUUAUGACGGAGGCUACAUUACUCAAAAGGGGCAAAUCUUCUCCUCGCGAGGAGAAUGCCAUCCGUUCGAUUCAAGAGCCGACGGGACCGUCCCAGCAGACGCCGUGACUGCCGUCAUCCUGAAGCGAUACUCAGCAGCGAUUUCGGACGAGACGCCGGUCUAUGCCAAGAUUCUGGGGACGGGCAUUGGGGCAGACGGAGCGCUGGACAAAGCAGGCUUCCAGGUGCCGUCUCCGCGAGGGCAGGCGGACGUUAUCAAAUCGGCAUGGAAGGUGGCUGAGUUGACGGCAGACAAGCUCAAAUAUGCCGAAAUUCACGGAAGUGGCACUCCCAUUGGCGAUGCUCUUGAGCUCGAAGGCCUGAGCCUCGCAGUGAAGGAGCUCGGGGGUGGUGGUCGGCAGUUCACUGUUGGGUCAACCAAAGGCAACAUUGGAAAUGCCCAGCAUUCAUCCGGGCUUGUGUCCCUCAUCAAGCUGUGCAAGUCGAUGCAGGCUGGUGUAGUGCCGGCCACCAAGGGCCUCGAGCAGGCGAACCCCAUGAUUAACCCCGACUUGCCAGUGGUGCUGGCAUCGAAGCAGACCCGUCUUGACCCCGACGACAUCCUGGCUGUAUCGGCCGCAGGAUGGGGCGGCGUCAACUCGCACGUCGUGCUGGGCUUCCCCGACCAGCGCCUUCGCAAGGAAACGACGACUUUGGUUCCCGAGACAACAUUCAAGCGCAAGGCUCUUCGGGCGCCGCGCCUGAGAUCCUCCAAAUUAGGGGGAAAGCGGGAGACGAGCGCUUCAUUGGCCAGCCUAGUGUUCUCCAAGUGCGCCUCUGAUGUCCUUGGUAUUCGCGUUGACAGCGACACCGAUUUGAAGCAAAACGGCCUGGACAGCAAGUCAUAUACUGCCUUGGUUGGCGCAGCAUCGAAGCGCUUGCCGGGGCCUUCUGUGGGGGUCAAGGGAAUGCUGCUUGGGGUUUGCACACCGUCUGCUCUGGCGGCGAUUUAUGAAGAUCAGCUGCGUGGAGCGAAGCCUCACGGGGUCACGUCGACGAUUCUGCAGGUUGGGAAAGACGCGACCAUCAUCUUGCUGCCUGGGUCGGGAGGCAGUUGCGCUGCGGCUCAUCCGCUGGUCGGAUGUCUGCCCGAGGGGCUGACGAUCAUGGCUCUCGAGCAUCCGGAAGAGGAUCCAACGAUGGGUCACGUCAAUGCCUACCUCGAACCAGCGCGAGCCUGUGCGGAGAGCCGGAGACUGAUCAUCGUGGGAAUAUCGCUGGGUGGCCUGUCGGCCUUGGGCCUGGCGGCCCUUAUUGGCGAGCAACGUCCCGAGCUUGAUAUCAGCUUGAUUGCACUGGACAGCCCCCCGAUUGACACAUGGCCGGAGCUCGAGAAGACGAGCAGAGCGGCCCUUGCCCGGGUGAAGCAUGCGACUUAUGUCGGGGCUGCGGCUGGGCAAUCCGGGACAUGCCCGCUCGUCAAGAAGCAGUGGGAGGCUGUGAUUCCCGGCGUGGCCAUGCAUGAGCUGGACUGCGGCCACUUUGACGUCUGGGGCACGUCGCAGGCGGGCCAGACUGCGGCCAUUGUCGACACUGUGGUGCGGAAAAUGAUGCAGUAG